UUUAGAGGUACAAAGAGAGGAGAGAGAGAGAGAGAGACUAAGAACAAAGGGAAGUCUUUCAUCUUCCUCUUAUAAACAUUCUAGGGUUUCUUCAUUCUUCAACCUUCAUAAUUUUCUCUAUGCAAGAGUUGUAGAUCAAGAUUCUACACCCUAUUUUUGUUGGAUCAAUCUCCUUUCUUCUCCAACAUGGAUAUCCUACGUGGCAGGAUGAAUUUUCAUGAUCUUGAGGUUGUAAGCAAGCCCUAGCUCAGCUUUGUAUAGAUGGAUCAUAGGAGAUAAUAGUAGUUAUGUGUAUCCCAUUUUCUUGUGUAAUUUUGUGAAUUCAAGAGACAAAAAAAAGUCCAAAAAAAUGGAAAUUAGUGAAAAGGAAUCUACGGAAACAAGCCCUUGUGAGAUACUAGAUGAGAGCGAAGAGCAAAACGAGAGCUAUGAGGCGAAAGAUGGAGGGAGCUCGAGCAACAGCACGGUGGAAGAGAGUGGCAAGAAGCCGCCGGUGAGGCCUUAUGUCCGAUCAAAGAUGCCGAGGCUGCGAUGGACGCCCGAGCUCCAUCUCCGCUUUGUUCACGCAGUGGAAAGACUCGGAGGCCAAGAUAGAGCUACCCCCAAAUUAGUGCUUCAAUUGAUGGGAAUUAAAGGGCUGAAUAUUGCUCAUGUCAAGAGCCAUUUGCAGAUGUAUAGAAGCAAAAAGACAGAUGAAUCCAACCAAGGGCUAAAAUUCAUGGAAGGUGUAGAUCGGAAUGUAUUCAAUCUAAGCCAACUCCCUCUUCUUCCAAGCUUUAAUCAAAGGAUGAAUUCCAACCUCAGGUAUGGAGAUCCCACAUGGAUGCACAACUCAAGAACCAUAACAAGACAAGGAUUCUACACAGAAACAUUCUUGAGCAACCAUUACACUAGGCCAACGAAUCUCAAUCCUCUCAGCCCUAGAUUCCCUUCUCUCAACCGAGGGCAAAACGAGGAGCACGAACAAGGGCUACUGCAUAAGCAAGAACUCUGGCUUGGUCAAUCCAGACAAAACCCUAUCGAGAUAGACUCAUUCAAGCUGCAAAAAUUUCAACAAAAAAGCCACGAAAGAGAGAAAUUAGGGCUUGGUAAGAGAAAAGCAUCGGAUGCUGAGCUCGAUCUUAACUUGUCGCUAGGGCUCGAAUCAGGAAACGGUGAUGAUGAUGACGAAGAAGAAGAAGAAGAUGAUGAUGGUGAUAACAAAGAAUUAGGGCUAUCGCUCAACACGGUUCCGGAAGCUUCCAAGGAUGUGAUGAGGAAGAAGAUAAAGGGUGAUUUUGCAAAUGUUGGUGAUGAGAAAGCAAUAGGGGCGAGUACUCUGGAUCUGACUCUAUGAAUGUAGGUGAAAAAUUCUAAGUGAGAUCUUGAGGUACUUGUUGCUUAUGGAAAUUUAAAUUAUUACAUGCAUUGAUGAUUUUAUGAUUGUCUUGUAGCACCAACAUUUAUAUGCUAAUAACAAUAUAUAGUAGUACAAAAUGUGUUGUUUCUCA